AAAUCCUGGAGCUGGGCGUGUCUGACAGCUUGGGGAUUUCGCGACCAACAACCAAUCACAUGAAUAUCCCGCCCCCGACAUACAAAGCAAAAAAACCCGGUUCUUCUACACUAUUGUCAAAAUGGAUGCCGGUUAUGUAGCAAGGGUAGCAAGUGUAGUAGCAAGGGUGAAUUUAGUGGAUGCAAUGUCUCGCUGGAGGCCAUGUAGUUUUCGUCGCUGUUGGGUACAUCCAAUACUCCGAAACGUCUGCAACGGGGGGAAUACCACGUUCUGGUCCAAGAACUCCGUAUGGAUGACCUGCUGUUUCAGCAGUACUUUCGGAUGAGCAAACACGUUUUCGACGAGUUGCUCCAGAAAGUGGGUCCACUGAUUACAAAGGCUGACACCCAUAUGCGUUUUUCAAUUGCACCCGCCGAGCGACUCGCCAUCUGCCUACGGUACCUGGCAACCGGUGACUCAUACAGGACAAUAGCAUUCAGCUAUCGGGUCGGGCAUUCAACAGUGGCUGUCAUCGUCAGGGAGGUUGCGGGUGCCAUCUGGACCGCCCUGGUUGAGGAGACCAUGCCGGUACCACAGACCGAGGACUGGAGAGCCAUCGCUGCUGAGUUCCAGGAGCACUGGAACUUUCCGAAUUGCGUUGGUGCCAUUGAUGGGAAGCACGUGGUGAUCCAGGCUCCGGCAAAUUCUGGGUCCCUGUUUUUUAACUACAAGUCCACCCACUCCUUGGUACUGCUGGCUGUCGUGGAUGCCCAGUAUCUCUUCAGGGUAGUGGAUGUCGGAGGUUUUGGAAGGAGCAGCGACGGUGGGAGCCUGCGGAAUUCCGCUUUUGGAGAGAGCCUCCGAGAUGGCAGUCUGCAGCUACCACCUGAUACCGUCAUCCCAGGAGCAGAGCGGCUCGGCCUUCUUCCCCAUGUGUUUGUAGGAGAUGAGGCUUUUCCGCUGCUGGACAACCUGCUGCGUCCGUUCCCUGGACGCCAGAUCACACGCGAGAGGAGGAUGUACAACUACCGCCUCAGCCGUGCCAGGUUGGUGGUUGAAUGUGCGUUUGGCAUCCUCUCAUCCCAGUGGAGAAUGUUCAGGUGUGUCAUCACCACCAGCCCGGAGGUAGUAGAGUUGUGUGUGAAGGCCACCUGUGUGUUGCACAACUUCCUCCGCAGGAAGACGAUGGGAAGGCCAUCAUGCACACCUAUCACAGAGUCCACAGAUGAAGCUCCAGCUCCUUCAACCCUGCGUGAUGCACCGAGGAUGGGCUCCAACAAUGCCACACGCAGAUCCAUCCAACUGAGGGAGACCUUCAGCUCCUACUUCAAUGAGGAGGGUGCAGUGCGAUGGCAGAAGAAUGUGGUGUAGGGUGAGGGUCACCAUUGUCUACAAACCAAAAGCUCUUUUAAGAGCUACCCAUAUUUUCUUUAAAAAGCAAAUAUUCCAAAUGAGCCAUUUUAAAAUCAAACAUUCCUAAUAAACAUGUUUCUUGAAUUGAUAUUAUUAUAUUAUGAUAUGACUAACAACCUUUUUCCUUCAGCCCUGUUUUUACUGAUAAACCACCCAUGAUUACAAAAGGUUUUCACCUGAACAAUUACAGAAGACGGCACAUUAUAUAUCGACAUACAUGAAGCUUCUGGUAUGUUGCAACUGACAAACCACAUGAACAAGUGAAGACACAGUAGAGCCAUAACAUACUUUAAAUAACUUUUAUUUAUGUAAUGUUGUCAGUGAAGUGUGUGAUGAGUGUAAAAACAUGUAAUGUGGAUCAGUAUCAGUAAUCAAUUUUCCUCCUGGUCUGCCUCUAAAACCACCUUGUGAAUGUCAAAUCUGACUCUUAACUUCUUCUGUCUUGACAUCACUCUCAUG